AUGAACAAUCCCUCACGCAGAACCAAACGAGGGUUCGCAGAGAUCAUCGGCCAGGGCCUAGAGAAGAUCAAGCCCGGGACUAAGCGUCCCAGGAACGAAAACACCGAAGAAGACAAGAAUGCGCCGGAGCAAGAGAAAGCUUGCUUUGACAAGCGACGCAAGACUGUAAUCGGGACGGAUCAGAGGACAAGGGCAGGACGCAGGCGGACAUCAGAACCCAGCGCGGGUAUGGAAUGUGUUAUACAGGUGCCCCAGUCCCAGUCACAAGAACCACAAGAACAAGGUUCGCCAGCGGAAGGUCCACUGGGUGGAGGUGCACAGCCAGCGCCUACUCGAGCGGAGGCCUUUUCGCCGGAAUCUCCGCCCUUCGAAAGAUUCGCAACCAGUACGCCAAUCAGCCGGCAGCUCCAAAGUGUGCCCAGAUAUUACACCGCAAGCGCAGAAAAAGUUGGACUGGGCGACCACCUGGCGAAUCUUUACUUCGCAAACGAUGAAACGCAAAAGCUUCCAGCUCUAGUCAUGUCACCCGAGCUUCUGGCAAAAAUGCAAGUCUCAUUGGUAGACGCGCGUGAGCUGGAUAACAAGAGACUAGAGCGGCAGACACGUCUCAAGAUCAUGAACAAGUGGUGGGGAAAUGCCGAAAGAGAGCUCGCAGAUAUACCUCAGCGAUGGCAAUAUAUUAAGGACGAUCCGAAGCGGGCGGACGAGGCGGAGCAGCAAGUGAGACUCUUCGAGAAGCUCAGAGAUGGGGCGAAGCGAAUGCAAGAUGAGAAGGACGCAAUUGAGCGGCAGUGGGAGCAGAUCCAAGAGCGAGCCGAGAGCAGUCGUGUGGACGCCGAAGUUCUCCUUGAGGUCGCAUUCCGCGAAGCCGGCAUUAUGAUACCGGAGCGCGAGACCUUCGAUCGGUCCAAUGAAGCUCUUGCUGAGGAGUUCGCGGUUGUCAACACAUACGCACCUCCGAUUUUUUUCCCAGUCGAUAUUGACUGGGAUUUUCCGGACCGCCUAGAUGAGUACCCAGCGCUCCAACAAGACCCGUCAUUCUAUGAGGAAGCUUUCUCUGUCGAACCUGAACCUGCACCUAAUUCCACAGCGCGGGACGAAUUCUGGCAAUGCUAUGAUAACUGGCAACGAGCGCAGGCCUCGUUUGACCGACGAAAUCGAGAAACAGCGGCAGACUAUUUCCGUCGGCAAGGAGCAGAUAUUACUGCCAUACCGCAGGAUCUGCUCGACCACGAUCUCGCCCAGCUGCAGCAAAACAGGAAGCUCACCCGCAACCUCAUCGAAGCGGAGCAGCGCUUUGCAUCGGCCAAGAGAGUCGCCGCCGAAUACAAUCUCGAUCUAGCAGCGCCCGAGCAGACAUCCGGAUUCGGUCUCACCGACGGCGACUUACCUCAUGCUCGGCUGAGUCACACCCGUGAUCCAACAGGCUUUGCGUGGGAGGAUCCCAGAAUCGUUACCUGGUUGGACGCAGUCCUCAGCGACGUGGAAGUACAAGAGCAAUCUCGUGAACCCUUCGAGGGACGACGCUUGGUCUCGGUGGGACCGAAGGACAGCAACAGUCAGGUCGAUUAUGGCCGGGAUCGAGAACGCAUUGAUAAGGUUGAAGCAAAUCGACAUGAUAUUCGGCGGAAGGUGAUGCGAGAUUGGGGCCAGCGCACGACGCAUGAGACGGGAGAUCAUCUCGGCGCCCGUUGGCAUGCGGCCCAUAAAGUCGAGGACAUUGGUGUUGGAUCGAAGAAUGCCAAAUGA